UUUGACGUUGCCACCAACUUGUUAUCGUGCUACCAGUUUCCUACGACAUGAAACUGUUAGUUGCACUUCUGGGGGUUUGUUCAGCAGUUCUUGCUCGAGAAGGAUUUGGGCCAACAGAUCAAGAAUGGGGCUACGUAACGGUGCGUGAUGGGGCUCACAUGUUCUGGUGGUUACAUUAUACUACCGCCACACCUGAUCCUACCGAAAAACCCCUACUAAUUUGGUUGCAAGGAGGUCCUGGCGCAUCCUCAACCCAAUAUGGCAACUUUGAGGAAAUCGGACCAAUCGAUUCGGAUUUAAAUGAAAGAAACACCAGCUGGGUGAAAUACGCCAACGUAUUGUUUGUAGAUAAUCCAGUCGGAACUGGGUUCAGUUACGUGAACUCUAAUGAGUUUGCGACUACCAAUCAGCAAAUUGCUCAGGACUUCGUGGAGCUCCUGCAAGGGUUUUACCAAGCUUUGCCUCAAUUUGAAAACGUCCCUCUUUACAUAUUCUGCGAAUCUUAUGGGGGGAAAAUGACUGCUGAAAUUGGGCUCAAUUUGUAUCAGGCUAUUGAAAGAGGAGAAAUCCGGAGCAAUUUCAAAGGAGUAGGACUGGGAGAUUCCUGGAUAUCCCCAGUUGAUUCUUGCCUCACUUGGGCCCCGUAUCUUUACAAUCAGGGAUUUUUAGAUACGCAACAAUACAAUCUACUAAACCAACAAGCCCUCCAACUGAAAACGCUUGUGGAUGAGGGCAAAUGGUUCGAAGCAACUGAUGCUUGGGGAGAUUUGGAGAGUUCGGUAGCAAACUAUGCGAACGACGUGGACUUUUAUAACGUUUUAACGAAAAUCUCGGGAAAUUUUCUGAAGAACACCCUGUACAAGCCAGAUGGGGAGAAAGUUGGCGAUGAGGAGUUUUUAAUGAACAAACAAGUGAAGCAGGCUUUGGGGCUGGAACAAGACUGGGGCAGGCAGAGUGAUGAUGUGUUUUACUACUUACAAACCGACUUUAUGAAGCCCGUUACUGAUAUUGUUGAACGGUUGCUGAAUGAGACGGAUCUAACAGUUGCUGUAUACAAUGGACAGUUGGAUCUUAUUGUGGACACACCCGGAACCAUCGACUGGGUGGACAAAUUAAAUUUCAGAGAAUCUAUCACAUGGUCAUCUACAACAAAGCGACCAUUUGAUAUCAGUGGAAUUAACGAAGGUUUUGAAAAAUCUGCAGGGAAUUUGGCUUUCUUCUGGGUACUACGUGCUGGGCAUAUGGUACCCAGAGACAAUCCCAAUGGGAUGCUGUAUAUUCUGCAACAAGUCACUGAUAACUUUAAAGUAGAUGCUCAUGCAAUAAAUUAAAACGUUUCAACUG